UAUUUCCAAAUCUCUUUAUAAAACUUUCACAACUCUUUGCAAUUUUCAAUAUUCUGCUUCUAAUUUUUUUCUCUCUCUCUCUCUCUCUGCAAUUUUAAUCUGCGCCGGCAAUUAAAUAAAGUUUUCUGGUGACCCAUCUCAGUUCUUCUGUAGUUUCUGAUCUGACAACUCCAAUGGAAACACCAUCAUCAACAAGAAGGAUCACCAGAUCACAAGCCUUGGCCACUGCGAACAACAGUAACAACAUACCCAUAUCAAGAAAAACUGAAGAAUCUGAAAAGGGUUUUUCGAAAUCAAGACAAAGAAACGCAAAACAACAAGACAGGUCUGCCCUUUUCGAUAUAACGAACGAUUCACCGAUUGUUGGGCUUGCAAUGGGAAGCUUGGAGACGGAGACCCCAUCAUCAAGAAUGUCCAAGAAGAGGAACAGCAUUACUCCUGGUUCAGGGGAGGCCUUAUUGAGGGGUCAAGUCAAGACCCUCUUGCAAAAGGUCGAAGAAGAGGCCGAGUUUUCGAAACUCUCGUUUGAUCACAGAUCAUUCCUUCACCUCCACCACCAACAAGUCCUCAUCGGUUCUCCAAUUGGGCUUCUCGCACCUACUCCGGCGAACACUCCCCAUGUCCCGGACCUCUCCUGCCACGAGGAAUUGGCCUUGGCGGCAAUACCUUCUCCUGUCCAAGAAAAAUUCAAUCUUUCUCAGAUGGUUGCUGGGGUGUUCUUUGAUGGAAUGAAGGAAGAGGGUCUUGAAUCAGAGAAGAAUUUGAUAGGCAGGUCUUUACUGUUGGACUUUUCUGAGAAAACAGAGAGAUUUGAUUCAUCAGAGUGUUCCUCUGCGGUGACAUGUGAAGGAGGAGAGUGUGGAAGCAAAGAGAAGUCAAUUGCAGAUGAUGAUGAUGCUUCUGUUUGGUCUAUCCAGGUGAAUGCAAGUACCAGGGACGACGAAGAAGAAGAAAUUGAUGAUGAUUAUGAAGAAGUCAUUGAAGAAGUUACAGAAGAGGAGGAUGAAGAUUAUGGUGAUCAGGAAGAAGAGGAAGUUGACGGAGCUUUGGUUGAUGAACUUUGUGAAGGCAUGAGGAAUAUUAGUGUGAUAGGAGAGAAGAAAAUGGCGAAAUUCACGGGAAAGCACACUCGGUUUUUGUACAACAGUGAUGAUGAGCUUGAAGGAGAAGAAGAGUGUGGUGGAGAGAGUGAAGCAUCAUCGGGUUUUUCGCCCGGUAUCUUGCGGUUGAAGGGCUUGCCAACACCAAAAGGGAAGCACCUGCGCUUCCAUGAGGAGAUGGAAGAAGAAGACCACCCCUAAUCUUUGAUGGUGGUUCUUCUACUAGGUGGUUGGUUUGAUGAGGCCUUGUUUUGUGUUGAUGACUAUUGACUUGUGAUGGAUAUGAUGUCUUUCUUGUGACACCUUAUCUUGGGAUGUUUCUAGCUCUGUUGUUACUUUCUUGUUGAACUUCUUUUUAUUUCAUUUUUGUUUUGAUUGAUGGAGGACAAGGAAAACAAGGAAAAUUGUCAGCAUCUGGUUAAAAGGUGAUUGAAUACUCAUUCCAAUAAUACUAUAAUUUGCGUCCA